AUGUCCAGCAAAUUGAAGAUUCUUGUCCCCCUCAAAAGAGUCAUUGAUUUCGCCACCAAGCCCCGCAUCAACAAGGCCGGCACCGGCGUGGAAACCACCGGAGUCAAGUUCAGCAUGAACCCAUUCUGUGACAUAGCACUUGAGGAGUCCUUGAGAAUCAGAGAAGCCAACAAGGACAUCGUGGAGAAAAUCCACGCCGUCUCCAUUGGUCCAACCAAAGCACAAGACAUCUUGCGCACUGCUCUUGCCAAGGGUGCAGACACCUCCACUUUGGUGGAUGUAGGAAACGAGGAGGUUGAGCCAUUGAUCGUGGCCAAAUUGCUCCAAAAGGUCGUCGAGAAGGAACAGUCCAACUUGAUCAUCUUGGGAAAACAGGCCAUUGACGAUGACGCCAACCAGACGGGCCAAAUCCUUGCGGGUUUGUUGAACUGGCCCCAAGCCACCAAUGCUUCCAAGGUGGAAAUCGACGGCACAAAAGUUACCGUCACCAGAGAGGUCGAUGGCGGUUCGGACACGUUGAGCGCCGAGUUGCCCAUGAUCAUCACCGCGGACUUGCGUUUGAACGAGCCAAGAUACGCCACGUUGCCAAACGUCAUGAAGGCCAAGAAGAAGCCUUUGGAGAAGUUGAAGUCCAGCGACUUGGGCGUCGAGCUUGUGAGCCGUUUGGAAACACUCAAGGUUGAGGAGCCCCCUGCACGUGCCGCCGGUGUUAAAGUGGGCAGCGUCGAUGAGUUGGUUUCCAAGUUGAAGGAGGUUAAGGCCAUCUAA